AUGUGGAAGAUGGUUAAAUACUGUUUUUCUGUAUUUCUUCGUAACUUAACCCCUAAUCAUGUUGCAUUUAUACUAGAUGGAAAUCGUCGGUAUGCCCGUCUCCACUCUUUUGAAUCUGUAAUAGAUGGACAUAAGAAGGGAGCUGAAGUAGUAUUAAAUAUUAUACCAUUAUUAAAGAGUUUAGGAAUUAAGUAUGUCUCUCUCUUCAUCUUCUCAAGAGACAACUUUCUACGAAAAGGAGAAGUCGAAAAUAUGAUGGAACUUCUACAUCGGAAUUUUCAUAAGGAGAAACAAUGGCUGUAUAAUCUUAAUGCCAAAAUCCUGAUAUCGGGAGACAUGAAUCUUUUACCAGAGAAUAUAAAAGCUAUACUUAAUGAAAUAGUAAAUGAAACAAAAGACAAAAAUGAAAUGAUCCUAAAUUUAUGUUGUGCUUACUCAUGUUCUACAGAAAUUGAGACGUCUUUGAGAACAUUUAGUAAGGAAUUUGUAGAUAUAAGAGAAGAUAUAAAAGAUAAUAAUCAUAGAAAUGUGAUGAAAUCUACAAAGCUUGGAUGUAUUACAGAUAGAAACAAGCUAUUCUAUGUGAAAUUUGAGGAUCUAUAUGAUUGUGAUGUAGAUUCACAUAUAUUGAACUAUAAACUAAAGAUUCGAGAAUUUUGGCAGUGUCUAUAUAAUCCUCAGAUCCCACCACCUAAAAUUCUUAUUAGAACCUCUGGCGAAACUCGUCUUUCAGAUUUCUUAUUCUAUCAAGCCUGUUUCAAUACCAAGAUCUAUUUUAUUGAGACACUAUGGCCUGCUAUAAAUCGCUUUACUAUUAUAUUUGUGAUUAUCCAUUAUUUACUAUUUUAUAAUUGA